AUCAAAAUUCCUCUUCAACGCAUACAAACAAGGCCCCUGCAAGUCAAUCUGCAAAGACUGAAAAGAGAGCUUUCACCCUCUGCCAAGUUGCCAAGUAGCAAAUCCACCAUGGACGUUGUGCCUCAGCUGCAGAAACAAUUUGUGGACCUCAUAGCUUCUCUAUAUCGAGAGGGCUUUUUGGAUGAUCAGUUUCUGCAGCUUCAGAAACUGCAAGAUGACAGCAACCCAGACUUUGUGUUUGAGGUGGUUUCACUUUUCUUUGAGGAUUCUGAGAAGCUUAUUAACAAUCUGGCCACAGCCCUUCAGCAGCCAGUUGUAGACUUUAACCAGGUUGAUGCCCAUGUUCACCAGUUCAAGGGAAGCAGUUCCAGCAUAGGUGCACAAAGAGUAAAGAAUGCAUGUGUUUCUUUCAGAAAUUUUUGUGAGGAGAAGAACCUCGAUGGGUGUGUGCAAUGCCUGCAACUUGUGAAAAAUGAAUACUUUGUUGUGAAGAACAAACUCGAAACUUUACUCAGACUCGAGCAGCAAAUCUUGGCCGCUGGUGGGAAAAUUCCUGUUCUGCCAUAAGUUCGUUACAUUGACGAAAAGGCCUAUAUGGACAUACUAGAGGCCCGGGGGAUGUUACAAAGAACUUUUAUACUUUGACUGCUAGGUUCUGAACUUCUGAUAGAGGUAUAGGUCAAAGGAAUUGAUAUAGAGGAAACAGGCGAUAAACCGAAUAAAACCAUCUUCUUCCAUAUACUGUUAUUUCAUAACUGAUACAUACUCUUUGCGUUUUGAACUUGAUUAAUGUCAAUGGAAGCUUAAUUUAUGGUUGAUUA